CCGUUAAUUCCGAUGUCUUUGAUAUCGUCUUGCAUUGCGUCUUUGGUCGUUGAGUGGCUCAUCGGGGUUUCGCUUGGGAGCGGUGCCGUUAUUGGUUGUGUGAUUUGCGAUAUUGCUACUGUAAUUACUAAGAUGCUGACUGCGGCUUUUAUGCCCAUUGCUCAGCCGCGUAAGGGAUAAAUACUCAGCCUUGUCUUGACAUCUAACAGAAGUUCUUGGCUCGAUAUCGACGUCUUACAGCCUUGCCUCCAUUAUAUACUUUCAUAUAUCUCAUAUAAACACCAUACACAUACAUACUUGUAUACUGAGGCAGACUUGCAUAUCCACGCAUCAUGUCCUUCAACCGCAUCGCAGUAUACGCCCACCGUGGCUGGGCCAGUUCCGCCAUCGUCAAAGCCCUCAUAUCUAGCGGUGCACCCGUCAAAGUGCUAUACAGACCCGGGUCCGACGUAUCGAAUUUACCGUCGAGCGUGGCCACAACCGAAGUAGACCUAGAGAACCAGUCACAACUAGUCAAUGCCUUACAAGACGUUGACAUUGUUGCCUCGCUGGUUGGCCAUGAUGGAGUACAGAAGCAACAUGCUUUCGUCAAGGCAAUUCCGAAGACCAAUGUCAAGUUGUUCGUUCCUUCGGACCUUGGUCUCCGGGUGUCCGAUGAAUAUGAUUUGCGAGUCCCUGUGAGCAAGGCCAAGUACGAAGUCGAAAAGGCAGCCAAGGAUGCUGGUAUACCGACUACUGUUGUUCUUGUCGGUUCUUUGGCCGAGUCGACGUUUUCGAUCGGAAUCAUGGGAAUUGAUUAUCCCGGGAACCGAAUCAUUUUCACCGGCGACAGUGAGAACCAGGAGCUAAACAUAUGCACCCGGAACUAUGUCGCGGCAGCCUACGCCUCGAUCUUUGCAAGAACGCCUCCGGCUCAACUAGCUGGUCGCGCUAUUGGUAUUUCCGAGAUCAAAGCGACCGGCCGCGAAAUUGCCGAGGUCCUAAAGAAGAAGCACGGCAAAGAGCCGCAGAUCUUUAGACACAGCCUGGAGAAGACCGAUCAAGAGAUUGACCAUUGUAUCCAGACUGGUAGCCGCCUAUCUCUGUCGUGGUACUGUCGCAAGGCUUGGGGUAACGGAACUCUGGUCAAGGGUGUUGGCGAGGAUAUCUGGGAGGUCGAAGGUUACAAGAAUGCUAGCCUUGAAGACUUGCUCCUGAGUGGCAAGCUGGAGCCUUACCGCAAUGUUGCGCCAGAAGCCCGAGCGGCUUUCAUGGCUGCGUUUAAGGAGUAGCAAACACGCAAAAAGCGAAACAAAUAAAGCAGAACGAAUAAGACAAUUAAUACACGAAAUAACCGUAUGGCUCUGGAUAUUAUUUUAGUGUUGAUAUAAUUCGCAGAAAUGCGGAUAUGUGCGUUUUUAUCCCGUUAAACGAGGCAUUCGGAGAUGUUAGACUCCUUCGGAACCCCGAGGAAAGGGCUGC